CAGUAUCAACACCUCAACACACCAACGUUUUAUAACACACAACGGCUAACCAAAAUUAUUUAUCAUAGUAUUUUAUGAAUAAUACCAUCUAGAGCAACCUAUUUCCCGAUAUAUUUUAGGUUUUUGUGUCAAAUAAGGACCAGUCGAUAAUAUCGUUCCGAAGGAAAACGGGGCAGCCCCAAGUUUCCAGUCAUUCUUAUUGAAAAAGCCGUGCUGGAAGGAACAACUUAACUUGCGUUAAUAUAAUUUAAAUAUUUACAAUAGAGAGAAAAAAUGGCAGCCUCCGCAUCGAAUGACUCUACCCCGCCUGGGGAUGGUGCCGAUAAUCCGAUUCUGUGCGUGAUAUGCUCCGAACCCUUCCAGAGGAUCACGGAUUGCCUUGUCCACGAGCUGCUGGAGCAUGAGAGCUUGCCGCAGAAGGGGCUGCGCCAACGACUGAACCCCUCGGGCAGCCAACUAUCCCAAUCCGAGCGUUAUGAGUUGCGAGAUGCCCUCGAUAAGUCGAAGCGCGGGGCCCCAUUGCUCGAGGUGUUGCAAUUCUUCGCUGCGGAUCUGAGCAAAAUGGAGUUGUGCUUUGAUUAUGUGAGUAGCUACAUUGAGCAGAGCAUGAAGGGAUUGGUUGUGGUGACUUCCUUCGGUUCGUUGGCCAGUGACUUGGCUGUGAAGGGAAGCGACAUCGAUUUGUAUUUAGAGGCCUGCAGCGUGCAGCAACCCAAGAAGCUGUUCGGCCAGGUUGAACGAUUCCUACGGCGCAACAAAUCCUUUACGAACGUGUUCCACAUUCGUCGUGCCGCUGUGCCCAUUAUACAGUGCAGGCAUCAGCCCACAGGAAUCGAUAUAGACAUAAAUAUUUCCAAUCCGUAUGGUGUACAUAACUCCCAAUUUGUACGCGAUUUAAUGUCCCACGAUAAGCGACUUCGUGAGCUCACACUGUUCUUGAAGAUCUGGGCCAAAAAGCUCAAGAUCAUAGGUAAGGGCUAUAUGUCAAGCUACUGCCUGGUAACAUUGAUCAUCGUUAGUUUGCAAGUACUACGACUGGUGCCAUCCAUAAAGGAGCUGCAAACGCUUUGUCCACCAGUCUAUAUGUCGGGCAUUAACGUCGCCUACAAUCUGAACCAGAUGCCAACGAUUCCGUCACAGAUGACCACCCUGAAACUAAUCAGACACUUCUUCGACUACUACAUUACGGUGGACUUUGGCAAGAGUGUUUUGAGCGCCUUUUUGGGCAGCUGUCUGGACAAGGGUUUUCGACGCGAUAGGGCCAUGUGUGUACAGAGUCCCUUCGAAUUGCACCGCAACGUGGCCGGGUCAAUGGGUCCCUCGAAGCUACAUUAUUUCAGACAGUGUCUUGUCCUGGCCGCCCAAGGAUGCAGCAAUCGAGCACUGAUUUCGCAACCAGCCAAGCUAUAUUACUACCUAUUGUUUGGCAUAUCGGAUAAGUUAGGAUCUGAGAAAACAGAGAUGGCCACUCUGCAAAAGGAGCUAAAGGUAGACGUUUCCGGCGACGGGAGGAAGAAAAUCAAAUUGGAAAAAGCCCUGGCCCUAACCAUCGGGCUAUCGCACCUGAUCACCCCCACCAGAAAUGAGCUCAAAUGCCUGAGUUCCGGUGUGCUCGGUUGCACAAAACCGGCGGGGGUCCUAACUAUAUACUACAAUUGGUUGAACUGCUAUGUGUAUGUCAUCAGGGAUGUGCUGACACAGCUUUUUGCCAUGAAAAUCGAACUAAAGGAAUCAAAGUCGCCGCACUACUUCAAGUGGCUCAUCAGCAGCUCCUACGACACUUGGACAGGACGUUCUUAUCAGCGGGGCGCUGGCCAAUCCUUCUAUGCCCACCAGUUGCAACAGACCAUCGAGUUCAAAAAGACCAGAAUGGAAAAUCCAGAAUAUGCGGUCGAUAUGCGGGGCUAUUUCUCGCUACUGGCCAGUAAGGACUACAAGGAGCUGCGAAUGGAUGUAGAGCCACUGCCUGGGGAUUUUCUCGAACCUCCGCUAACAAAACUUUUUAAGGUCUUUAAGAACAUGCUGAACGAAUACAGCUUUAAGGAGAAGACCACAGCCUGGAAGUAUCGCUCCGAGUCUGAGUAAAUCCGACAACAUUGCUCUACAAGUGUAUUGUAUUUUUG